CGAGAAUAAAAGAACCGCGUGCUCAUAGUCUAACUUAUCCGCGUGUUGUCGACGUCUUAAACGUCGUCCUCGUAGUCGUCGUCGUCACUGGUUUGCUUGUAUUUAGUCGGUUAGUUCAUUCUCUCUGUUCAUUUUUAUUUCAUUACAUUGUUCUAGACGCACGCAUCCGCUUCGGAUCUCAGCGGGAAAGAAUUAUAAUAAUAACAACAAGAACCAACCAACAGCUAAAAACAUGGAAUCAGGUUUACGGUUUACACAUAUUACGGAAAUCCGUAUUUCGUGCCAGCCGGUAAACGUAAGACAACGUGCAGAGGGUGUUAAUAUGAUCUAGGGCGAGCAGACGGGCAUGCAAAGGUAUACAUUUAUAUAUACAUAUAUAUGUAGACAUCGUGUACGUUGUUAAGGAGGAAAGCCGAUUGAUAGACAGACUUAAGACGAGAGAAAUACGUACUGUACGUGUACAUAGUUUCGCGAAAAUUGAAAAAUAAUAGAAACUGUGGGGGAGUUAGGAUGAACGGACUCUAAUUACGUCACAACCACUUGCACUGGAAUGAUUCAAUCGAGUAGGAAUCAUCAGGGCGUGUGUUAUUUUGUGCGUCCACGUCUACGUCCUAUCAACCAACAACGGACGCUAGUUUUUAAAAUAUCAUCAAGUGUAGGUUGUUAGCGCGAUAAUUAUUUAUUAUUAAUCAGCUCUGCAGUGGAAAUGGUGCAACAAAAAUAAUAAGAUGUCUAAUUAAUAAAGUGGUUUAAAUAAUUAACGAGGCAGAGAAAGUUCCUGAAGAGGGACAAUUGUUUUUUAAAUUAUAAUUGCUGUAAUAAACAAAAGACAAUGGUGCGCUUAACGUUGACGGUGAUCUACAUUGUGGGUUUUAUGAAGCUGGGCGUAGUCGGUCAGUUUGGAUGGCAUCCUCUGGACGGUUUUGAUGAAAUAAAAGGAAAAAUAGACCAGGUUAAUAUGGAUAAUUGUGAAAUAAAACGUCUAAAUGACUUAUUUUUGCCAGCUGCAGUAGUGUCCCAUCUUCCUGACAUCAAAGACAUAAAUAUCAACCCAGUAUUUCCUAAUAGAACUGGUCUGCUGUACAUACACAAUCUAGCAAUAAGUCGUGCUUACUUUUGGAGUUACAGUUUACAGUCACGAUUUAUCAGACCAGCUAUCAAUGACACUUAUGAUCCUGGAAUGAUGUACUACUUCUUGUCAUCAGUUGCUGAUGUCUCUUCAAAUCCUCAUGUAAAUGCUUCAGCGACUUAUUUCGCGCCAAAUACAUCCUACACACCCAGUUACCGAGGAUUCUUCAACAAAACAUUGCCGAGGUUCGCACCAAGAGCUAUCAGAGCUGAUGAUUUCAAUGAUCCCGUUCACUUGGAAAGAAUAUCCACGAGAAAUACUUUUCUUGCUAAUGAUCUCGGCGCUUUUCCACCUGACAGUCCCAGUCUUGAUUACACCGAUGAGCAAUAUCGCAUUAAUAAAUGGUAUACAGCUUGGCUGCCAGAUACUAAUCCACAGAAGAGACAUGACACCAAGACAACUUACCAGGUGGAGAUAAGAUAUGCCAACAAUACGAAUGAGACAUUUUCAUUUCACGGUCCACCAGGUGCUGAUGAAAAUCCGGGUCCAGUAAAAUGGACAGAGCCUUACUUUGAUUGUCGUCGUUCGAACCGUUGGCUGGUGGCUGCAGUAGUACCCAUUGCAGAUAUUUACCCCCGUCAUACGGGUUUCCGGCACAUUGAAUAUCCAACAUACACUGCCGUGUCUGUAAUUGAAAUGGAGUUGGAGAGAAUCGAUAUCAAUCAAUGUCCCCCAGGUCCAGGUAAUAGUGGUCCAAAUUAUUUUGCCGAUACCGCAAGAUGUAAAAAAGAGACGACUGAGUGCGAACCGUUGCAUGGAUGGGGUAGUGGUAGACGGGGAGCAUAUCAAUGCCGAUGUCUACCUGGAUAUCGGCUGCCUACACAAGUCCGAAGACCCCAUUUGGGAGAAAUUAUUGAACGUGCUACAGAAGAACAAUAUCGCAAUGGAUUUGAUUGCGUGAAAAUUGGAUAUCGACAAGCAUUGCCAGUCAAGUGGAACAAAGCGCCUAAGCAUCUACGAGAUAAAUAUAUCGAGAUGUAUCCGGAAUACUCAAAUUAUUCAAAUUUCUCAAGUGGCGCUGACGCUUUUCAAACUCAAAAAAUAAACAUUCACAAGGCUAUUGCUUUUAUAAAAAGUGUUAAUGGGAAAAAUUGUGCCUCGUUCACUAACGCAGAUUUGCAACUCCAUGGAGAUGUCGGCUACGGUAGCUCGGAAUUUUUUGAAAAUCAAGCGCGAAUGGGAACACGGUUGGCAAACUUCAUCAGUGCUUUCCUUCAGAUAAGUAAUCCUGAUGAAGUUUACUCAGGAAAGCGAGUGCCCGAUCGACCUCUAACCGAAGACCAGAUGAUGGGCGAAACUUUGGCUCUGCUUCUUGGAGACACGAAAAUUUGGUCUGCUGGAACUUAUUGGGAGCGGAAUAAAUUUACCAACAGAACUUUCUUUGCGCCCUACGCCUACAAGCCGGUUAGGAACACGAGGAAAUAUUUCAUCGAGGAUCUUGCUCGAUUAAACGAAACCGCUGAGAUUUACACCAACAAAAAUUGGUUCAAGUUUCUGCAGCAGCGAUGGGCGACAAACUUUGACGAACUUGAGAAAUAUUAUUUGAAACUGAACAUCCGUUUCAACGAGACGGGCGAACACAGCAAGAAAUACGAGCAGUACCCGACAUAUUACAGGGCGGCAAACCUGAAUCAUGGUCACUGGACAACUCCGUACUUUGAUUGUAACGGUAAGGUGAAUAAAUGGGUAAUUACCUAUGCAUCCCCAUUUUUUGGCUGGGACAGCUUGAGGAAAAAACUGGAAUUCAAGGGUGCCGUUGCUGUUACGAUGAACUUGAUGGAUAUGGACAUCAACCAGUGUGACGAUAAAUUUUAUGUUCCCAAUGCGUUCAAGGGCACCCACAAAUGUGACAGAAAAACAUCUUAUUGCGUGCCAAUAUUCGGAAGAGGUUUUGAAACUGGCGGGUACAAGUGCGAGUGCAAACAAGGAUUCGAGUACCCGCUGGAUGAUCAGACCACUUACAUUGAUGGUCAGAUAAUGGAAGCUGAGUUCCAAAACAUUAUCGAAGACAGAGAAACGAGGAUUAAUUUGUUCAAAUGUAGAUUGGCUGGUGCUGAUGGGAUACAGGCGAGUUACAUGCUCAUUCUCCUCAUUGUCUUCUUCUCCAUUUUACGCUUCACGCAGAGAUAAAUCAUCGAAACAAAUUUUAUUAACGUAGUAACAUAUCAAUAAGCCGUCCGCAAAAAUUUAUUCAUUUUACAAACUAGAUAUAGGAUAUUUUUUAUCAAUAGUUUUAAGAAUCACGACUCACUCGAUCGUUGUAAUUUACAUAUCUAAUUUUUUGUGUCUCAGUGCACAAUACUCUGUAUUUAUAUUAAUUAUCAUGAUACUGAAAGUAGUAAUUAAAAAAUUUUAUUAAGAUCAAUGAACAAAAUACUGCCAGGCAAAAAUUUUAUAAAUUUCACAUGAAUUUAAAAAAUUUUUUUUUAACAAGAUAAUUCAAAACUAAAAUUCUCGGCUACUUUCAGUAUUACUAAUUAUCCGUCCAUAUAAAUGCUCUUUUAUAUAUUUAUAUAUAUAUAUAUAUUACAUAAGGAUCGAAUGUUUUUUGUAAAUACUUUACAAAUUUUUUAAGUAUUAACUGUCCGUAAGAUUUUUUAUAAAAAUAUAUAUCGUGUUUUUAAAAAUGUUUUUUAUAUUUAGAGUUAAUUUUACAAUCGUUAGAAUCUCAAUAAUUUUUUAAAUUGUUAAUUAUAAUUAUAAUAAAUAAAUUAAUCCGUCCAUUUUAAAAUUAACAAAGUGCCUUUUUAUAAAGCAAAUAAUAAAAUAUGCUUUGCGCCAUUGCAAAACUUGGUAAAUGUAAUCUAAAGUAAUACUAAUUGUGUUCAUGAUUUUUUUGUAGGAAUAAAAUAAAUAUUUUAUUCAGGGAUUAAAAAAUGGAAGUUUUCUGAGCCCAAGGAUUUUAUUACAAACGUUUUGUAUUGAUGACGAUGUUUCAAAUAAGUAAAAGAUUUUAUGACUUAAUGUAUUUACUCAAAAAAUAUGUAUUUAAUUUUAAGACUUACUGAUUAAUGAAACGUCUGAAUGAUUUUCCAUAAUCCAAAGACUUAAUUUCCCUUCGUAACGAAAAAUCCAAAGCAAUUUGAUUUAACAACCAAAAUCUUUUGAUGUCCUCGAAAAAUAUGUUAUCGAUCUGACAGUAAUUUGUUUAAAAACAAAAACAAUCGUUACUGCGACUGUAAUUGUUUCGCUAACGCCAACCGCGGCUCGUAAAAAAUAUAAUUUAUCCGUAAAUUUUGCGGUUCUGAAUCUCUAAUUUCAAUUACAUAUUUUAUGUAAAAUAAAAUUGAUACAAAAAUUAUAUAGACUAAUGAAAAUAUAUAGCAAUAAAUUUGAAUAAAUAAAAACAUUAAUUUUGUCUUUGUAAAUCCAAAAAUAAAUUUAAAAAUACU